AUUAGCUAAUUAGAUAAAGAUAAUUGAUUUAUUCAACUACUGAAAUAAGACAUUGUCUUUUGAACACCAGAUACUGCUUUGUUCGUACUUAGUCUAAUUAGGGCCGUUUGAGUUUGUCCGGCCUUCUGGACUAGCCUUUUGAAUUCAACCAGCUCAGCAAAGAUGGCUGAAGACAAGGGUAAACCAAAAGGUGCUAUGAAUGCUUAUGCAGCAUUCUUGCAAUCUAUGCGUGCCGACCAUAAGAAGAAACAUCCCAAUGUCACUCUAGAUUUCAAGGCUUUUUCAAAGGAGUGCUCAGAACAGUGGAAGAAUCUAUCGGCUAAAGAAAAAAAGAAGUUCAAGGAUAUAGCAGAGAAGGACAAAGAGCGUUAUCGAUGUGAGAUGGAACAUUAUGAACCUCCUGCCGAUGAAGGUCGCAGUAAGAAAAGGAAACGAGACCCUGAUGCACCCAAAAAGGCGCUGUCAGCAUUUUUCCUAUUUUGUAAUGAUGAACGACCUAAAGUCAAAUCAGAAAAUCCCGACUGGAAAGUCAGUGAGGUAGCUAAAGAACUAGGUAAAAGAUGGGAGCAUUGUAAAAACAAAGCUAAGUAUGAGAGCUUAGCUCAGGUAGAGAAGCAACGUUACGAGAAAGCGAUGCAAAAAUACAAAGCCGGCAAAAAGUCCAAGACAGAAGAUUCAGAGUCCGACGAUUAGUCCUUAAUAGUUUUAAAAACUAAUGUUUGACGUACAAUUGCUGUAUACAGAUGGUGUUAUUUUAUAUUGUUUACAGAUGUUUCUUUUUAAACCUAACGGGCCGUCCUGCAUUUGUAAAACGAUGGCUACUGUAACAUUUUUUAUCGAAUACACUGUUUAUAAGCUUU